GGAGCCUCCCGGAAUUACGUCACGCCAUGGGGGCGAAAUCUCCAGGAAUCCGGCGAGCCAGCGUUGGCAACCCAGCCUCCUUCCUGAUUGGGGCUCACUCGCCUGGGGGGGGAGGGCUAUGACAAGAUGAUGCCAAGGGACGGCACUAUAUGGCAAGGAGCCCCCUGUGGCCUCCUCACCCCUCCUAGGACUGUGUCAGUUUUUAGUCAUGUCCCGUUCCCGUCUCCUUCCCAGAGCUGGAUUUCCAGGAAUAUGGCUGUCUUUCAGCAAAAGAUCUUAAAUAUGAUCAAGUGUUUUAGAAGACAGUGGUGCUUGUUUUCUGAUUCAGAAAGGACUACUGUUUGUGGUGCAGACUACAUGAUGAUGGCUUUACAGUUAUCAAUGGCUGAAGUCAAUAAACAGCUUCAUGGAGAUUUUACAGUAUCUCUUAGUGAUAUAAUGGUAACUUGGAAAUACUUGCUACAUGACAAACUGGGAUUGAUAUGUGAGAAUAUGGAAGCACCUGAAAAUUACGACGAUAUCAAAAAAGCUUAUGAUACCUUCUUGAAGAGCAGUAAUAUGUUAGAUUUAAUAGAUAUAUGUCAGAAAUGUUCUACAUUAGCAUCUGAAACUGAAGAGAUGUGUCCUAUUCAACUGUUAAAAUUUAUCUCUGGUUCAUCAGAAGAGAAUGAUUCUAGUCUUUCCAUACCCUCAACACCAAUUAAACGCAGCCAGGAUAAUGUGAAGUUGCAGUUGAUCAUGAAGAAGUUUGUUUAUGCAUAUUUAACCCUGUUGGUGAAUUCUAACAAUGAUCUGGCCCUGGCUCAUAUUUUAAAUAUUCCUGAUAGAGGACUUGGAAGGGAAGCCUUCACUGAUCUAAAGCAUGCUGCGCAGAAGAGACAAAUGCCUAUUUUUCUGAUGGCAACAUCUUUUAUCCGGACGAUAGAACUUGGAGGAAAAGGUUAUGCACCUUCACCAUUUGAUCCUUUAAGAACCCAUGUAAAAGGGCUUUCAGACUUCGUUAAUUUUAUUGACAAGCUUGAAGAAAUAGUUGGCGAAGUCCUGGAUCCACGAAUUGCAGGGGGGCGAAUUCUAUCAACAAUCAAGAUGCACUUGAUAAAAGGACGAAACAGUGGGGAUCCAUUUUGUCAAGCAGCAGAGGAAGUUUUACAAGAUUUGGAUUUGAGGAUUAAAAAUAUUAUCAAUUCUCAACAUGAAGCUAUGACUGCUAGUACCACUGGAAUCAGUCCAGCUCGGCCAAAAUUACAUGCCAUAAACCAUGGCACUGCCUACUGUGGCAGAGAAACUGUAAAGGCUUUACUAGUUCUUCUGGAUGAAGAAGCUGCCAAUCUUCCUACCAAAAACAAAGCAGAACUACUAUAUGGUGAUGAAAAUGUAACUCCAUUUGGAAUCACCUCUGUCUUAACACUCUUUAGAUCUCCAGCACAAUCCAAUGGGUCUUCUCCAAAACCUCUCAGACAACGUAUUAAACCAUCUGUAUGUGAAAGACAAAUUAAGUUGAAGCAACCCUUAAUCAGGUCCCAGUUUGCUUGUACCUACAAAGAUGACAUGAUGACUGAGAAGAAGGCUCAGCACUUCUUCAGUAGGAGCCAAAUCCCGACUUGCAUACAUCCUGCACCAAAACAAAUGCUUGCUCUCUGUUCUGAACCUAAAACUUUUGCAGAUGGGGUAAAUUCACCUCUUAAAAGACCAGCAGUUGGAUCCAGUUUUGGAAAUGUUCAUCAGAAUAGAAGUAAAAAUGAAAAAGUGAAAAGAUGCCAGCCAAGAAACAAGAGCUCAAGGAGGAAAUAUAUGGAUUUGAAUAGUGAGAAUGUCAUCAGCAAUAAUGACAGUGAACCUCCUCAGUAUACAAAUAUUAAGAGACCCAAGAUAUCAAACAUACAACAGGAGAAAUUGGACAUCAAACUACAUGGAGCAGGAAAAAGCAACAAGGCUACAGCCAAGAAUAAAUUGAUUGCUGGUCAGACGAAGUUAACUGACUUUUUUAGACUAUGAAUCUUAUUUUUAUUGUGAUGUUUAUAGUAAAUGUACUAUUCCAUAAUAAACAUUACACAUUUUGAAAGAACAAAAUAACAGGUGCAUUAACACUUCAUCAUGUCCAAAUAUAUUAUGUGAAAGUAGGUUAUGUAUACUAUUCCUUAGCCAACUAGUGAUAAGUCCUGAUUGUGCAGAAUUCUCAAUUUCAUUAUCUAUACACCAUAACUAUUACAACUAGGUUAUCUAGUGAAAAGGUCAGUCAUGUUUCCCUCAACUUGAAAAUACAGAUAGAAGAAUUUAGAUGUACAUAUACAGCAAUACCAAAAGCACAGUAACUUCAAGUUUAAUUAAACUGACAACCAAUGCUUCUUCAGAGAAGAGACCAGAAGUUUUCAAACUUGCCAACAAGGUCGAUAGACUCUUCCCAACAUACACCUGAGCACUGAAGAAAAAAAUCAUUUUACUGAUUUUAUAUUCAAAAUCGAAAUAAUUUUUCAGUGGAAGAAAUACACAUAUACUUACUAUCAAAAUCUCUCCUUCCUAUUGGAAAGUUAGAUGAGUUUUCUUCAUCCCCCGUCUCUCUCCUUUCCUGUAUUGACUCAAUAUUCUGAAUAUCAGUGUCAAGUGGAAAAGCCAUUGAGCCUUUCAUUGCAAGGUAAGGUUGCUGUUUUAUAGCUAGUUUCAGUGGUGGACCAUGGCUUCUGAAAUUGUGUUUGGAACCUAUAUUCUGAAAUAAGAAAAAAAAUAAAUUUUAAAGACAAAAUAUUAACAGUGUGUUUAGUUCUCUUUUUUGUUUUUAUUUGUGCUAUUCAGAACAAAAGCAUUAUAACAAUCAUUUCAAAGCAUACAAUCCUACACAUUGGACUUUGGCCUAGACACCUUGAAAUCAAAGAGCUUAAUUUUAGUUUAAUUAUUCUGUGGGGUUGAAACCCUCUUGGUAUGUAUGGUGAAUUCUAUUAAGGUUCUAAAAUAUAUAUUUUAUUACAGAAUGGGCAAAAUGAUUUUGAUCACUGAAAUUCUGGUGAAAAUCAGGCCAGUGGUUUAGGUUCCCAAACUCAGAUUUAAAUUAACAUUGAAAACUUAGCAUACAGUAAUACCAUGAUUUGUAACUGAAAUUAUCCACCAAAACAUUCUUUUAAAUUGUAAGUUCUUAACUCUUUAAAAAGGACUGUGAAAUGGGCUUUUAUU